AAAAAAAAAAAAGCUGUAAAGUUGUCGCAAAACAAUUUUGUACAAACACUAUUCUUUAUUUUAAACUCAAUCUCAAUCACUCCGAAAUAAAGAUGAGUCGAAUUAUUUCACCAAAAAUUAAUCCCUCUUUCCCCUCCUUAAAACAGGAUAAGCUCAGGACCUUUACGCCGAUUAUUCUUUUUCAUGAGCAUACAUAUAAGGAUGUCAAUGCGAAUUCAGUAGAAUGCGUACGUAUAAAUCAAAAUGACGAACACCAUGGGGAAUUUCUCAAAUCCGUGAAGGAACGAGUCGACAAUAUGCUCCGUGAAGGCAGUCAGAAUUGGCUAAUUAUCUCAUCUAAUUCAAAAGAAUAUUAUAGUCGAGAAUUAAUGAAUUGUCAUAGGCAAACAUUGCCACCUUCCCCACCAAUACAACAACUCGCCAACACAAUUUAUUCCCAUCACCCACAAGAUCAGCUCGAAAAUUUGACCAUGAAACCUAAAAGACGCCGUGGAAAUUUGCCAAAGGCUACAACAGCACUUCUAAAAGAAUGGUUGGCCGCUCACAAAAAACACCCAUACCCAACCGAGGAAGAGAAGCACCAUUUGGCUUCUUCCACUUCUUUAUCGCUGCAGCAGAUCUCCAACUGGUUCAUAAAUGCCAGGAGGCGGCAUUUGCCUCACCUCUUGGAGUCUGAUUUUGUAGGCAAUAAAGUUUCUCAAACUCAUGAAUUAGACAUUUUCCCCUAUGAAGGAUCAGAUAAUUCUGCUGAAGACUCUGAUAACGGCAUUAUGAGAAGACAUGUUUCAAAAUGUUCCGCAAGAAUAAACAAGGCUGGUGGAAUAAAGAAGCCUUAUAUUAGAAAGAGAAAGACAUCCGUAUAAAAAAAAAUCGGCUUUUUGGAGAGGGAUUAGAAUCUCCCGAUAUUCAAAAAAUAUUUUAUUUUUUCUUUUCCCUAAACCCUCCCACAUUUAAAACCAAUUUUUUUUUUUUUAUGAACUUUUAACGUUUUUUUUUCUUUUUCGAAUUUCCAACUUUUCGAUCGUGUUAUACAUACUGGGUGAAAAAAAAUCAAAAAAAAUAUAUGACGGGGCAAAUUUAAUACAAUAUAGAAAAAUUAAUUUUUUUACCAACAAGGGGGGUUUUAAUAAGAUUUUAUGUCCUUUUUCUUUUUUUUCUCUCUCUCUCAGUUUUCAAAUUAAGGAAUAAUCAUUUCCAAAAUUUCCCAUUUAUUUAAGAGAAUUUUUUCAGACAGA